UACCUGGGCUCAGAUAGGAGCAAUUUGAUUGAAAUUUUCAGCAAAUUCUUUUACAUUAUCUAGUUUGUAUCUAUUAUAGUGAUAACUACCAACUCUUUAUCUAAUCUCAAAUAAUUCAUGCGUGAAUUCACUAUAUCUUGUGGUUAAAGGGAAGCAACCAUCAUUUUAAGAGCUGUCAAGAGAGAGCACGCGACGGAGCAUAUCGUAUCAUUCAUUAUUUGCACUGUGGGUAGUCUAUCAACAGUAUUAGAAAGAUGAGAUUCCUGGUGGCGGCCAUUUUGUUGAUGCAUGUCUCGUUGAUAUCAGCCAAGAGACCACAUAUAUUAUUUAUAGUUGCUGAUGAUCUAGGUUGGAAUGAUGUUGGUUUUAGGAAUCCUGAUAUGUUUACACCUAAUAUAGAUAAAAUAGCCCAUCAAGGUGUAAUAUUUGAAUCAGCCUAUGUCUUACCUGUGUGCAGUCCUUCCCGGUCAACUUUUAUGUCUGGUAUGUAUCCAUAUCACACGGGACUACAGCAUAUUGUUAUUGGGGAUCAGAAAGUUUGUCUACCAUUACAUCUACGAACUCUACCUCAGCAGUUAAAAGAAGUAGGCUAUGCAACUCAUGCAGUAGGAAAGUGGCAUUUAGGUUUUUGUAAUUGGAAUUGUACACCAACCUAUCGAGGUUUUGAUUCCUAUCUAGGCUAUUAUCAUUCUCAAGAAGAUUAUUAUAGUCAUGUACAGGGGGGUUAUUUGGAUUUUAAUGACGGUGAACGAGUUGCACGAGAAUUUAAUGGACAAUAUUCUACGUAUGUUUAUACGAACAGAACAACAAAUAUUAUUGAAGCCCAUGAUCCAGAUGUACCACUUUUUAUGUAUUUACCAUAUCAAAAUGUACAUUAUCCUAUACAGGUACCAGAGAAAUAUUCUAAUAUGUAUCCACAUGUAUUUAACGAGGGGCGAAAAAAAUUCUCAGGUAUGGUUAGUGCACUGGAUGAAGCUUUUGGUAAUAUAACCAACGCUCUAUUUAACAAAGGAAUGCUGGACAAUACCCUAAUAUUAUUUACUACUGAUAAUGGUGCUGAAGUGUUUAUGUAUGGUGAUAAUUAUCCAUUACGAGGUGGUAAACAUACUUUAUGGGAAGGUGGUACUAGAGGAACGUCCUUCAUGGCAGGUGCAGGAAUUACACAACCAGGCAUUCACUAUAAUGGAUUGAUUCAUUCGGUUGAUUGGAUGCCAACCUUACUAGGAGCCGCUGGUGCACCACAACUUCCUGGCCUUGAUGGUGUUAAUCAGUGGGAUUCUAUCAGAUUAAAUCAACAAUCAAAGAGAACAGAAUUUAUUUAUAAUCUGGAUGAUUUCCCUAUACCAACACAAGGUCAUGCUGGAAUCAGAGUUGGUGAUUGGAAGUUGUUAUUGGGUUAUCCAGGUCAGACUGAUGGGUGGACCAAACCAAUGAACCAGACAAAAGAUACUCUAUUAUUAAAUAAUAUUUAUUUCGCUGGUGAUACUCCAACAUACUUAUUUAAUAUAGCAGAUGAUCCCAAUGAAUAUAAUAAUAUGGCCGACAAACGUCCAGAUAUUGUUGGUAAAUUAACUGCUAGAAUCAACGAAUAUCGUUUAACCUACGUGGCUGCCAACUAUCCACCUCCCGAUCCACAGGCACGAGAAGUAGCAAAGAAGAAUGGCAACGCAUGGGCACCGGGAUGGUGUUAAACUCCAUGACAACGCAUGGGCACCGGGAUGGUGUUAAACUCCAUGGCAACGCAUGGGCACCGGGAUGGUGUUAAACUUUUUUUUCUCCAAUUUAUUAAAGCUUACACACGUUCAUUACAUUCCUAAAAAAUAAAAUCUGAUUAAAAUACAGAUCUAUAUUUCGUUUCGUUUUUUUUAUACUUUCGAUGGCCUACACUAUAUGAAGAUCUGACAAGUUGUACUCGAAAGUCGUGUCAGGGGUCGUACGAGGGGUUUUUGACCCUUUGACGUCAGACAUUGAUUAAUCAAUCAGCGUUGACGUUUCUAGUGGUUUAUCCACAGUUCCGUGCACAGCACGCCAAGAAGCCGCCGUAACAGACCGUUUCAUUGGCUUAUCCCUCACUUUAACCAAAACACCGGUAAUAUAACAACUCUUCCAGAUAAUACUGUAGUAAAGACAAGUAAAACGAAAUUUUGAACUUUAAAAAAAACGAAACGAAAUAGAAUCUGUGUUUUAAUCAGAUUGUAAAAAAUGGCAUGACAUUUGUUCUUCUAGUUUCAUGUUCUAGCGAACCAGUUCCCCAAAACUUUUAAAGAUCACAGCGGCUUAAAUCAAUUAUUGAACGUCCAGUUUGAUCCAGUGGACGUUAAAUCUUAACCCAUGCUCUAUGAAGCCGCCCCACAUAACUGGAACAAGUUUAAAGAUCCUUGUACUUAAAAAGAUUAGUAAAAGUCCAGAAAUUAUCCACUUUGUCUCUUUAAAUUAUUGAGAGCAUUCUAUUCAGAGAUGUCUAAUAGUUUAACGCUUUAGAUAGCAAGGUCGGUCAUGGCGUCAAGUGACAUGUUUCGAAUCCCCGUGACAACGCAUAGCGAAUUACUGAAAUAAGAUUUAACCAUAUGUUAGUCCCGAAAUGGCCUAAUAAUCUUGACCUUCAAAAAAAACCCCAAGACAAUAAAUCUGUAUUGAUUUUUCAUAUAUUUAUAUUUUUUAUAACAAUGUUACAUAAUCAAUAAAGUUGUUUAAUAAACUA